CCCACUACUCUCCUCUCCACCCAACCUUUAAUUUUAAAAAGAAAGAAGACCGAACCCUUAUCCCACUCCAUCCACAAUACAUCCCACCCCAACACAAACACAGAUCGGUCCAAUUAGCCCUUUUCCUUUUUUGGGCCCAAUCUUCUCUCUCUCUCUCCCCCUCUCCCCCGCCCCCCUUCCCUCCUCCCUCCGGCCUCGGCGGAAAACCCUAGAUCUCCUCCAGCUGCUCCGGCUACGACCUCCCUUCCGACUCCAUCAUCCUUCGAGGAUCUCUCUCCCGGACAAAAGAUGGCGAGCCUAACAACGGAAGAGAACUAUGAGCUGAUGGCAACUCCUGAAUCUCAGCCCAGCAAGAGGAGGAAAAAGAAGUCCAUUGUCUGGGAGCACUUCACCGUUGAGACUGUGAGCGCUGGAACCAGAAGGGCUUACUGCAAGCAGUGCAGGCAGAGCUUUGCGUACAGCACUGGCUCCAAGGUUGCAGGCACCAGUCACCUCAAACGCCACAUUGCCAAAGGCACCUGCCCUUCUCUCCUGCGCGGCAGUAACCAGGAGAAUCAGAUGACCCCAUACUCUGCCCCUGCUAAGGUGGGUUCUGACCCUCCGAAGCGGCGCUACCGUACAUCCGCCUCCCAAUAUGUCCCUUUUGACCAGGACCGUGCUCGCCAUGAGAUUGCAAGGAUGAUCAUCUUGCAUGACUACCCACUUCACAUGGUGGAGCAUCGUGGGUUUGUAUCCUUUGUGCAGAACCUUCAGCCCCGUUUCGACCUUGUGAACUUCAGUGGCGUCCAGGGGGACUGCAUUGCUACUUACCUGAGUGAGAAGCAAGGCGUGAUGAAGUUCAUCGAGGGAAUGCCAGGACGAGUGUGCAUCACUGUGGACUCUUGGGCGUCAAGCCAGAGCAUGGCAUAUCUUUUUAUGACUGGUUACUUCAUGGACAUCGACUGGAAGAUCCAUUGCAGGCUUCUAAAUGUUGUGAUGGAGCCGUUCCCUGACUCAGACACUGCCCUGAGCCAUGCGGUUGCUACGUGCCUCUCCGAGUGGAAUCUCGAGAGCAAGCUAUUCUCUCUCACUUUCAAUCAGCCAUUGUCUGAAGGUGCUCGUGAGAAUCUCCGGCCAUUCCUUGCCAUUAAGAAUCCAUUGAUCCUCAAUGGCCAGCUGUUGAUUGGGAGCUGCAUAGCCCGUGUCCUAACUGAAGCUGCGAAGGAUGUGUUGGGGGCAGGGCAAGAGGUGAUCAGGAAAAUCCGGGACAGUGUAAAGUACGUGAAGACCUCGGAAUCGCAUGAGGAGAAGUUUGUUGACCUCAGGAACCAGCUGCAGGUCCCGAGUGACAAGAACCUCUCUUUAGAUAACCAGACUCAAUGGAACACAACGUUUGAGAUGCUGGCAGCCGCGUCUGAGCUUAAGGAAGUGUUCACCUGCUUGGACACGUCUGACCCUGAUUACAGGGGGGGGGCCUCACUUGAGGAGUGGAAGCAAGUGGAGACACUCUGCACCUACCUGAAGCCUCUGUACGAUGCGGGCAGUGCUCUUACCUCCCCGGCCAAUGCUUCCGCAAUCACGAUGUUCCAUGAAGUGUGGAAGAUCCAGUCAGAUCUAUCACGUGCUGUCACAAGUGAGGACCCCUUCAUCGCAGCCCUUACGAAGCUGAUGCUCGAGAAGAUUGACAAGUACUGGAAGGACUGCAGCCUGGUGUUGGCGAUAGCCGUGGUCAUGGACCCUCGGUUCAAGAUGAAGCUUGUGGAAUUCAGCUUCUCGAAGAUGUAUGGUGAAGAUGCGCCAACUUACGUCAAGAUUGUUGACAAUGGUAUCCAUGAGCUGUUUCUAGAAUAUGUGUCGCUUCCCCUGCCUCUCACCCCCACUUAUGCGGAGGAAGGGAGCGGCGUGAGGACCGAUGAUCCAUCCUCUCAAGGAGGGGGAGGGACCCUUCUGUCAGACCAUGGGCUCACAGACUUUGACGUCUACAUCAUGGAGACCAGCGGGCAGCAGAUGAAGUCGGAGCUGGACCAGUAUCUGGAUGAGACUCUGCUGCCCAGGGUGCAGGAGUUUGACGUGCUGGGUUGGUGGAAGUUGAACAAACUCAAGUACCCAACCCUCUCAAAGAUGGCUCGCGACAUCCUUUCGAUACCUGUCUCCACCCUGGCCCCUGAGGCUGUGUUUGACACGACGACCAGGGAGAUGGAUCAGUACAGGAGCUCCCUGAGACCCGACACCGUGGAUGCCCUUUUCUGCGCCAAGGAUUGGAUGCAGUAUGGAUCAGCUGCUGCUGCUGCUGGUGCUGCUGAGGUCUCAAAUGCGCUUGUAAAGGUGGAAUUCUCGGGUUAGGCUCGGUUAAGCUAGGCUAGGUUAGGCUAGGCUAGGCACAUUCAUUAGGGAUAAUUGUAAGGUUCUUGUGAGUGAGUGGUUUACGGAGUGAGCGAGUGAUUGUCAACUCUUGCUGUUACUGGUUGUAAUUUAACUCUCCUUGGGUUGUCAUUCUUCGCAUUCAUGUCGGAGGAUUUGGAUGAUGCUUGCAACGAUCGGUGCCUUAUUUCCUUAUGUAUGUUUUUGCUCGCAUAGAUGAGUCGGAAUUGAAAUUGGCUUCUUUUCUUA